GAUCCCAUCAAGCUCCCUUCAGAAACACAAGAACGCGAGAACCAUCCACCUUCCAACAAAGAAAACCAGCUGCAACACACCACCAUGAGGGCGAUGCUGUUCGGCUGCUUCGCCCCGCGCGGCGCCGUCGUCGACCCGGCGGCGGUGGGGAACGACGACGGGACCACCCCCGCCGCCGCCAAGAAGUCGCCGUGCACCAAAACCAAGCCCAAGAAGCGGUCCAUGCGGCGGGUGCAGAGCUCGACGGCGCGCCUGCGCACGCUCCCGCCCGACGACCUCUCCCGCACGCUGGCCUCCUCCGGGAUGCACGCCUUCACCUACGCCGAGCUCCGGGUCGCCACCCGCAACUUCGCCGCGGCCAACAAGGUCGGCGAGGGCGGCUUCGGCCCCGUCUACAAGGGCUUCCUCGACGACAGGAUCGUGCCGGGCAUCGAGCCCCAGCACGUCGCCGUGAAGGCCCUGGACGCCGACGGGCCCCAGGGACACCGCGAGUGGCUGGCGGAGGUGGUCUACCUCGGCAUGCAGCUCACCCACCCGCACCUCGUCAAGCUCGUCGGGUACUGCAUCGAGGACCACCACCGGAUGCUCGUCUACGAGUUCAUGGCACGACGAAGCCUCGAGGACCACCUCUUCCAGAAUGUGCUGUCGACCUUGCCGUGGGCGACGAGGCUCAAGAUCGCGGUGGGGGCGGCCAAGGGGCUGUCCUUCCUGCACGAGGCCGAGACGCCGGUCAUCUACAGGGACUUCAAGGCCUCCAACAUCCUGCUCGAAUCGGACUACACGGCGAAGCUGUCGGACUUCGGGCUGGCGAAGGAGGGGCCGGUGGGCGAGGAGACGCACGUCUCCACCGCCGUCAUGGGCACCCAUGGAUACGCGGCGCCGGAGUACAUCCUCACGGGCCACCUCACGGCCAAGAGCGACGUCUACAGCUACGGCGUCGUCCUCCUCGAGCUGCUCACGGGCCGCCGCAGCGUCGACAAGCGCCGCAAGGGGAGGGAGCAGAACCUGGUGGACUGGGCGCGCCCCUACCUGCGGCGGCCGGACAGGCUGCACCGCGUGAUGGACCCGAGCCUGGAGGGCAGCUACUCGGAGGAGGCGGCGGCCAAGGCCGCCAUGGUGGCGUACAACUGCCUGCGCAGCGUGCCCAGGACGCGCCCCACCAUGUGCGAGGUCGUCGACGCCCUCGAGCCGCUGCUCAGCAUGCGCGACGGCCUGGGCGUCGGCACCUUCGUCUACACCGCGCCGCCGGUCGACGUCGUCCCUGAUACGUCCGAGGCUGACAAGGAAAACGGCCGUGGCGGCGGCGAGGCGACGGCCAUGAAGAAAAUGGCCGUGCAGAGGGUCGGCAGGCACCGGCCGUACGCGAGCUCGGUGGCCGGAAGCGAGGGCGCCGGCUCGCCCAGGCAGAGCAGGGACAGAGGGGCGUAGGAGCAGUGCACGCUUUUAUUUCAGUAAGCGCGCGCGUUCUUACUUUUUGUGUCCAAAUCGUUCAAACUGUACAUAUAGUGCCAAGCAGCAAGUGUAAACGUGUACUAUGUUCGUUGAUUCUUUUCUUGGUGAUGUUAAUUCUUCGUCACAA